AUGGUUGCUGUAACAGUAAUGUUAUUGGCUAUAGCUAUUAGCUGUACUAUUGUCAGCAAUCUGGCACACAAACCAAAGCAUAUCUUGUAUGUUCUACCUCUAAGAAACGUGUCAACUGAAUAUUCACUUCAGUACAGUACAUUUCUGAAACAGCUGACUGACCCCGUUGGAAUUUCUGUAAUGAACCUAUUCAUCAUUGACAAGACAACUUUUCUGACUUUAAGUGGGAUGCUGGCAACUUAUUUCGUUGUACUUCUUCAAUUUAAACAGUCACUGGAACCUACAACCAGUUCUAACUCAACUUUAUUAUCAACAGUUUGAAGUAACCAGUUCUAACUCAACUUUAUUAUCAACAGCUUGAAGCAACCAGUUCUAACUCAACUUUAUUAUCAACAGCUUGAAGUAACCAGUUCUAACUCAACUUUAUUAUAAACAGCUU